AUGGCUAGUGCCGUCAUAAAUAUAGAGGAUUUUACACUCAUUACGAGUAUACAGGACAGAAUAGAGACACUUCACGGAAUUUCUGUCCACACAAUCGACUCGCUGGCUGGGUGUUCAGCUCUGUGUCUGAUCAAGGGAAACUGUUGGUCACUGUUUUACAAUUUCGUGACCCAAGUCUGUCGCCUAAAUAAAAGUCCUUUUCUGGCUGUUAGUGAAACGACAGGUCAAGCUGGAUUUCACCAUUACAGUCGAGAGUACUGUAAAGGACCUAUUCCGGCUAUUCCUGGUACCACACAGACAUUUUCCUUUGUAAAUGGAAUACCAGCUGUCACUUUUGCCUGCAUCACAGGCGCCAUCUACAUCAGCGGAAACAAGGAGAUGACCUGUGAGCUUGGGACGCUACAGUGGAAUACUGCUACUGUCGUCUGCCGAGACUUGGCACCCUACACAGCAUUGGGUUAUACAGAAGUUUGUGGCACAGAGUCUGUUCUCAAGUUUGUCGGAAAUAAGGUGAAUUUCGAUGCAGCAAAAGGAAAUUGUGCGGGUGGCGGCGGCCAUCUUGCAAGACCACGAAAUACUGUCCGUUGGACUUGCCUUAAAGACUAUGCUUACACAAAAGGUGUAGGAGUACACGUGUGGAUGGACAUCACAGACAGGGCUCAGGAAGGCGUGUUAGCUUUCUCGGACAACACUCUGGUCCCACUACCUUAUCAUUGGCUACCCGGUGAACCAUUGGCUGCAACGAAACACAGUGCAGACUGUGUCGCCAUAUGGCCAAACCAUAGACAAUGGGACGAUUUGCCUUGUGGCAAUGUGGCAUUCUUCAUAUGUGAAAUAGAACUGUAGUGCUCUUUUCAAUUUUACCUCAGGUCCUUCUUUGUAUCAAUUUACCUAUUAAUAUAUUCAAAGUUCGUGGUAUUGUCGAAUGGGAAACGU